AUGGGAUGGAAAAUUUUCAGGGACAGGUAUACGUCGUGGUUCUCGCCGGAUGGAGAGUAUCUAGCGUUCUUGAGGCUAAUGCAGGUACCAACAUAUACUGUGCCGCGCUACAUGGCUGGGAAAAAGGUUGCCACACCUUACCCUGAAGAGCGCCGUAUUAAGUUUCCUAAAGUGGGGGAGAAAAACCCCACCCUUACCUUUCAUCUGCUCGAGACUUAUACUCCGGAUAAUUUGGUCAUUACCGAUGUCGCAUGGGUCGCCGAGAAGCAUGAGCGUGUCAUCGUCCGUACACAAGACAGGACACAGGAUACUGAGAAGUUGGUAUUAGUUGAUGUUGAGAGUGGAAAUUCUAGAGUUGUGAGGGAGAGGAACGCCACAGAUGGGUGGUUGGAUAACAACCUUGCAAUUACUUACGUCCCUAGGCUUUCUACUCCUUCGUAUCUGGGUAUCUCGGAUUAUUCCGGUUGGGCUCAUAUUUACCUCUUCCCAGAAGUCACGACGAUCUACUCAAUCGACACAAAGCGUGGUCUGGUUUAUUACCAAUCCACCGAGCGUGAUUCUACAGAACGCCACAUCUUUUCUGUGAGUCUCGACGGCAAGACCAAAAAGUCGCUCGUAGACAUCACCAAGGAACGGUAUUACGAUGCUAGCUUCUCCCCCGGAGGGGGGUACUACAUCCUUAGUUAUAGUGGGCCGGGCCUGCCAUGGGAAGAACUUCGCAGCAUAAGCCCCGAUACACCCGUCCGGGUGAUAAACGACAACGCCUCCCUCAAAAACAAACUCUCCGAGUACGCUCUUCCUAAAAUCUCCUGGUCGACACUCAAGCACCCAGAUGGAUAUGAGCUCAACUUUAUGGAGUACCUACCACCAAAUUUCCAUAAGGGGAAGAAGUACCCGGUUAUAUUUCGUAUAUAUGGUGGUCCGGGCUCGCAACGCACGCAGAAGGUCUUCCGCCAGACUAUCGACUUUAUCACGUACUUGGGAUUGGAUCCUGAGUUGGAGUAUAUAGUGAUAACAGUGGAUAAUCGUGGGACGGGGUUUAAAGGUCGGAAGUUCCGUUCCCUAGUUACUGGUCAGCUGGGGAAAUUGGAGGCGGAAGAUCAGGUCUGGGCUGCUAGGGAGUAUGCAAAGCGAGACUAUGUUGAUGCGAAGAAGAUUGCAAUUUGGGGGCGGAGUUACGGCGCGUAUCUCACUGGCAAAGUUCUCGAAUUAGAUUCCGGUGUAUUCUCUUUGGGCCUUAUGACCAGCCCAGGGGCCGACUGGCCCCUGUACGAUACCAUGUUCACUGAACGUCACGUGAAACUCCUAGCCACAAACCGGGCGGGCUACAACGCCUCCGCGAUAAUCAAAACUGCAGGAUUCAAGAAUGUUGCUGGUGGCUUCCUCAUCCAACACGGAACAGGAGACGACAAUGCUCAUUUCCAGCACGCGGUUGUGCUUGUCGACGCGCUUAUGUAUGGGGGCGUGGGUCCUGAGGAGAUGCGCGUGCAGUAG